AUGGACAUAGCGAUCGCAGCAUCGCAGCCGAGGCCGCUUGCCAAUCAACUUUUACGAAAUCGGCGCCUAUAUAUAGAGCUGCUCGCAGCUUUAGCCAGCCACACCACUACAACAGCAGAAAGCAUUCUACCACUAGACCGACCGCACCAGGUGAAGUGGGAGCUUUGCGCUAAGGGCUCAUUAGCAACCAUGAAGAGCACCAAGCUCGCGGCGAUCCUGAUCCUCCAGGCCGUCCUGGUCAUGGGGAUCCUCUCACACGUGAACGCCGACUAUUUCCCCAAGUGCUGCAACAGUUGCAGGUCCUUCUCGGGGGUCGACGUCUGCGACGACGCCCACCCCCAGUGCCCCAAGGGCUGCUCGGCCUGCCGCGUGGUGACGCCCAGCCCUCACAAGACGUUCCGGUGCGCCGACAUGAAGAGCACCGUCGACGGCACCUGCGGCGGGCCAUGCAAAAAGCACUGA